UGAAUCAAAUUGAAUACAAAGAAAAUUAAAUAUAUAUAUAUCUCACACACAAACACAAACACAAACACAGACAAAUCCAUCUCUCAAUCUCGCCAGCCGAUGUCAGCAGGCAUGGAAAAAGUAGUAAUGUUUCACUCUUCAAGCUUCCUCCUCCCGUCGAUUCCCGCCGACGAAGCAUCGGCGUACGCUGUCGUCGUUCUGAACCAGAAGCUACCACGAUUCACUCCUCUCCUCUGGGAACAUGCAAAACUUCGUCUGUGUGCUGAUGGAGGCGCAAAUCGCAUCUACGAUGAGUUACCUCUCUUCUUCCCUCACGAUGACGCUCUCCUCAUCCGUAACAGGUACAAACCAGAUGUUAUCAAGGGAGAUAUGGACUCUAUUCGACCUGAUGUCCUCCACUUUUAUCUAAGCUUGGGGACUAAAGUGAUAGAUGAAUCUCAUGAUCAAGAUACCACUGAUCUCGAUAAAUGCAUCUUGUAUAUCCGUGACUCUACUCUGAAUCAAGAGAGCUCCAGACUCCAGAUUCUUGCUACAGGGGCACUCGGGGGAAGAUUUGAUCACGAAGCCGGUAACCUCAACGUAUUGUAUCGUUAUCCGGACACAAGGAUAAUCCUUUUGUCUGAUGAUUGCCUCAUCCAACUCCUUCCAAAGACUCAUCGGCACGAGAUUCAAAUUCAGCCCUCUCUCCAAGGUCCUCACUGUGGUCUCAUCCCUAUGGGGACUCCAUCUGCCAAAACCACAACCACAGGGCUUCAAUGGGAUCUCACCGACACUGAGAUGAGGUUUGGUGGGUUGAUAAGUACAUCGAAUAAGGUUAAAGGGGAGAAAAUCACAGUCGAGUCGGAUUCAGAUCUCUUGUGGACGAUAUCCAUCAAGAAACCAGGCUCCACAAGCCCUUAGGCGUGGCGGUAACAACAACAACAACAAGGACACGUUGCUAUCUAUUGUUUCUACGAAAUUCUUGUUUUGUUUCCACUGUAGCAUCAAGUAGGAAUAAGACUCGUUUGUACCAUUACUCUUGUUAUCUGAAUACUUGAGAUGCCUCAUUUUACGUUUU